GCGGCCCUAAUAAAGUUUGACCACCUAACUUGGGCUGGUGGGCUUGGCCCGUGCUCAGCCCGCGGGGAGGAAGGAAAGUAACGUGUGGAAGUUUCAGGAAGGAAAAUCCAAACUGCCAGGCGCGGCCCAGCCUCCCGACCAGAGGAAAGGACUGCUCCCGGAACUCUAUCCUCCUCCAGACGCGCUCAGAAAACUUUCUGCUGUGUGGUGAAAUGACAGCUGACGUCUGGGAGAGGGAGAACAGGGCCGAGAGGGACACUUUUACCCAGUGAAAAUGGCGUCGCAGGUGGCAUUAACCGGGAAUGAACUUUUGGAAAUCGACAUAUGUGACCGCGGGGAGAGUUCCCAAGACGAGAGCGGGGUUUUUGUCAAUUCGGCCGACUCUCCUUUGGAUAAUUACUCCGGUUUUCAGCAGUGGAGCUCCUGCGGCUUCGUGUCUGCUCCUCCCGACUCACCUAAUGACACAUCAUCACCUCCCGGACAGCAGGAGGUCCCCAACGGGCACGGAGCAGCACCUGACACCGUGACUGCCACCCGGAGGAGCAGCACGGUCGGUGACACUGACUCCGAAGCCCAGGGAGAUGAGAGGAAAGCCCCCCGGACCUCCAUAGUGGACUGCCUGCUGGUGGAGCUGUACGACACGUACAGCGCCGGCAGCCGCAGGAACGCGGACAGCUGGGACAGCUCCACCGAGGCGUCCGGCUCCGACGCCUUCCUGGGCCGCAGUAACAGCGGCUCCAGCUUCCUGCAGGAGCUGCAGGAGAAACACACCAGGAGACACCAGAUGAACUACCUGGCCCAGAAAGCCCCCGAGGAGCUGCGUUCAAUCAUCCAGGAAGUGAAAUAUCGCACGGGCCUGCAGUCGGCCAAGCUGCUUCGCCAGCUGAAGAGACGGGACCGGCUCUACCACAAACUGCAGAAGAACUAUGACAUCAUCACUGCAUGUCUUCAGGCUGUCUCCCAAAAACGACGAGUGGACACAAGGCUGAAGUUUACCAUCGAACCAUCACUGGGAAAGAAUGGAUUCCAGCAGUGGUAUGAUGCACUUAAAGCAGUGGCCAGGCUCCCAACUGGAAUCCCCAAGGAAUGGCGGAAGAGGGUAUGGCUAACCCUGGCAGACCAGUACCUCCACAGCAUCUCUAUAGACUGGGAGAAGACGCUUCGUUUUGCCUUCAAUGAGCGCAGCAACCCGGACGAUGACUCACUUGGCAUCCAGAUUGUCAAGGACCUACACAGGACGGGCUGCAGCUCCUACUGUGGCCAGGAGGGGGAGCAGGACAGGGUGGUGCUGAAGAGGGUGCUGCUGGCGUACGCCCGCUGGAAUAAAACUGUGGGCUACUGCCAAGGAUUCAAUGUGCUGGCUGCACUUAUACUGGAAGUCACAGAGGGCAAUGAGAGUGAUGCACUUAAGGUGAUGAUCUAUCUGAUUGACAAAGUGCUGCCGGAGAGUUAUUUUGCCAACAACCUGCAGGCAUUGUCAGUGGACAUGGCAGUGUUUAGAGACCUCCUGCGUCUAAAGCUGCCCAGGCUGUCUCAGCACCUUCACCACCUGCAGAAAACUGCCAACAGAGAGGCAGGAGGCAGCUACGAGCCCCCGCUGACCAAUGUGUUCACUAUGCAGUGGUUCUUGACUAUGUUUGCCACCUGCCUGCCCUCUCCCACCGUGCUGAAGAUCUGGGACUCGGUUUUCUUUGAAGGUUCGGAGGUCCUGCUCAGAGUUGCCCUCGCCAUCUGGGAAAGACUGGGAGAGAGGAUCGAGUACUGUCAGACAGCGGAUGAGUUUUACAGUACGAUGGGUUGUCUCACUCAGGAGAUGCUUGAGCACAGCCUCAUCGAUCCUGCUGAACUCAUGCAGGAGGUUUACUCCAUGGCCGUGUUUCCCUUCCCUCAACUGGCUGAGCUGAGAGAGAAAUACACCUACAACAUCACCCCCUUCCCUACAUCAGUCAAAUCCAAUGGAAGUGGAGGUCUGGGCAGCUGGGAGAGUGAUGAUGAUGCUGACAUGGAUGAUGAAGACUCGGUGGUGACAGCUCUUGGUUGUCUCGGGCCUUUGGGUGGCCUCCUGGCUCCUGAGCUGCAGAGAUACCAGAAACAUCUCAAAGACCAGCGUGGAGAGCAGGGCAACAUAGCAGAGCUGAGCCCAGGGGCGGUGGGGGCUGGAGGAGGUGGUGGAGGUGGGGGAGGAGGAGGAGGAGGAGGAGGAGGAGGAGGCAGAGCGGAGCACCAAGCAGCCAUCAACAGCAUGAUGAUGGAGAGGAUGAGCACAGACAUCAACGCCCUGAAGAAGCAAUAUGCUCGCAUCAAGAGGCGGCAGCAGCAACAGGCUAUGCAACUCUACAUACGCACAGGACCUGGACUCGGAGUGACCACAAGCCCAGGGGUUCCUCAGGAGCCUCCCAACAAACCCAAAGAUGAUAAAUGCCCCGCCACUAGUGUCCUGGCCUCCCAGCUCAACCCCUCCACCCCAAUUGUCAACCACCUCCUUCUGGGUCGGAAGCCAUGUGGAGGUUCUCGGGGCUCCAGACCUACAUCCACCGCCUCCAUGCUCCCAGGGGCCCGGUCUGGCCCUCUGUUCCAAACCCAGUUCUCCCCGUCCAGGCAGCGCAGUGGCUCGCUGCCCUCCAGCAGUGCUGGCUCCGCAGGAAGCUGCGGAGGAGGGGUGGCAUCGCCUUGGCGUGCUCAUGUCCGCGUUCACCGCAGGAAUAUAGCCAUGGCCCGAGCACAGCUAGGCUUCGAGGAUUCAGAGGUGAAGGAGGAGAAAGAGGAGGAAGGAGGAGGAUCAGAAAGAAGAGAGGAUGGGGAGGACGGGAAGAAGGAGGAAAAGGAGGAGGAGACAGAUGGAACGGGAAUGAUUAAUGAGAAGGAAGAGGGGAAAGAGGGGAGUGAACCCUCUGCGUCCCCAUCUCCUGAUCCCACCGCUGCAGAGCUGGCAUGUGAAGAGAUUCAACAGGCUACAGAUGUGAGAAAAGUAGCAGGAGUGGGAAAUGUGGAGGAACAACUUGCCUCCCUGGAUCUAGAGUAUGAAUCAAACCCGUCCUCACAGCCCAGCUCACCCCCUCUCACACCAUCAGAGUGUCACACAGAGUUUAAAGCCGCACCCCAAGUCCCUAUCCUUCCUCCACCACCGUCAUCACACCGGCGUAAAGAGUCUGACUCGUCGAGUUCAGAGAGCAACACCAGCUCUCUCAGACGCGUUCGACCUGCAUCUCACCACUCCUCCACCUCCUGUAUCCCCUCCUCCUUGGCCUCUGCUCCAAGUCCAUUUGCCUCUCCAGUCCCUACAUCAGCUCCUGUCAAUCCGUGCCGCUCACCUUCCCCAACUCAGUCCUUCAAAUCCUGCCUCCCGUCUUCCCCUUCCAUGCCAGGUUUCUCUCCGCUCUCUCCUCCCUCCUCCUCCACCUUUAGCAUGACUUCAUCCUCCUCCACUCCCUCGCUUACCUCUCUUUCCUCCAUGCCUAAAUCUCAUAUCCCCACUUCCCCAUCCACCCCGCCACUCUCGUCCACCUCCGUCCCGAAACAGCCCUCUGUCUUCUCCCCAUUCCCCUGCAUCAAGCAGCCCAAGAAAUCGGUAGCAGCCAGAAACCUGGGUCUUUACGGCCCCACAUCCAGAACACCGAUGGUACAUUUCCCCCAGCUCAGCCGCAACCUCAACCGCAGCAGUGCCACCAGCACCACCAGGAGGCGAUAGAGACCCUGUGUCAGUUACCAGAUCUAUAUGGUGGUCAUUGACCUAAAUAGGAACGCACAACUGUCACCUGAUAAGAAAAACCAUUCUCUAAUUACACCGUGUUGCCUCUCACAUAUUAGUGAAAUAGCCCACACCCUAUUUAUAAGUGGAUAUAAAGUUCUACUGCAGCAAUGUAACAUUCAAAUUUGUGGCAGAAAUUGCCUUAUUAUGAUGGUUGCGAUGUGAAAAUCGGUAAAAGGUUAGUCUGAAGUUAACAAGCCAUUACAGUAACACAAGACUAAGUUGUAAGAACUAUGUGACUCUUACAGGUAUGAAUUUCUAGCAAAGGGUCAUUUCUUAAUUGUUGCUGAAGUAUUCUUUUGCCGUCCAGCUGAGGAGGUAGAUGUCAUGAACACUGGGAAGUGGGACUAGUAUCCCUUUACAGUGGCCUUUGCAGGUCACUCGUGGCCAUGGAAAUGUACUAAAACAGAUGGUUUGUGACUGAAAUAGGUAACAGGAUUCACCCUUGGAUGAAACACGUGGAGAAACUCUACAUUAGACAGAUGCCUCAUAGUGGACUCCCGGAUCAUGUGUAUCAAAAAGUGAACUAGGCUACUCUUUGUUUCCUAAGAGAUGAGAAUAUAGCCAUCGAGAUGUUUCUAUGCCAAGUAUUUGAAAACAGCUACACACGAAACAAGACAUACCUAAGAGUUUCUGUCAAUGAAGAAUCAUACAAAUGUACUGUGUGUGUGUGUGUGUGUGUGUGUGUGUGUGUGUGUGUUCAGAAAACCAACCCAAUCCUAAAACUUAUGUCUUGAAGCACUUAAUAUGUUUGUCCUAUUUAAGGGAAUGAACUGAGUCUGUUUGUGUACUCUGACUUUGUCUCUGCCUGUAUCUCCACUUGAGGAAUGUAACGUUUCGACAAGUAAUCAUAAAGUAGCUGUGAAUGGAUGUCAGUUUGCUCCCCUCGUGUGUUGACCGUUUGUACGUGUGGGCCCUGAGAUAUGGAUUCACUUAUUCAUGCGUUGGGCUGUGAGCACUGCAUGGAUGAGAUGUGGCAAAUGUAAACACUAAGAAUGCUUUGAUUCUGAAACAUAAUUUGAAGUUAUGGAUUGCCACACAGCUAUAAUUAUUAUUAUUAAGCAAUGGCCACAUGUCUUGUCAAUCAGUAGCCACACUCAUGUAAAAUAAACCAGCACAGCACCUACUGGAAUACACAAAGUGGGAGAUUGUCCCGCUGGCCUCUGCUGACUUCAAACUGUCUUCAUCUGUUACAAUCAUGUUUCUCCCUUGCCACUGUUUUUCUUUGCCACUGUUCCCAUUAUCAUUAUUCCCAUGAAAACCCGUCAAUUGCAGUUGCUUUAUCUUUAGUAGCUAAAUGGCUCUUCAAGUACUGUAUGUUGCUCUGCGUGGUUGUGCCGUCUCCUAUUUUGAAUAGUAGAAGAUGGAAACACUGGACAACAUCCUUUGCACUGCAUCCCAGUGAUUCUACCUUAAACUGGCUUCCAUUGCCACAAGACAACCUGUACCUGUGGUUGUAGUGGUAGUUUUGCGUGAAAACUCAACCCUCCUUAUUUCUAACGCUGUAUUGUUCAUAUCAGCUGGUAUUGGUCAGACCUUACAUCAAAAUUCACUCAACCACUUGAAUGCCCAAACCAGAAAGUAUCAACCUCUUUCUCACACCAGUACUGUAUAGUAUGUACUGUAGAGUUUUUUGAUUUUUUUUGCUCACAAAAAAUAUUAGUUCAUGAUAUGCAGUAGUAUAUGUGUGAAUGACUGUACAUUGUGUGGAUGAAGACAUAAAAGGGAAAUCGUAUUACAUCAAAUCCUCUGUGGUUACCAAUGAGUGGUUGAUGUGGAAUGAGGGCACAACCGCACCUCUAAUAAAUAAAUACUUUGAAGAAUGACAA